UAUUUUGCUUCAUCCAUGUGCUUCUGCUGAUGUUUGUGACGGCAGUAUAAUAUCAGUUUCUUCUAAUUUUUGGUUUUUGUACUUGGUUAAAAAAUGGAAUCCACUGAAGAAAAUAAUAUUGAAGAUGUUGAAGAAACAGAAGUUACAUUUAAAUCCUUGGGUGUCGUUGAUGUUCUUUGUGAAGCCUGUGAACAAUUGAAAUGGAAAACUCCAACAGCUAUUCAGAAGGAAGCAAUUCCUGUUGCUCUUCAAGGACGAGACAUUAUUGGAUUAGCAGAAACAGGUUCUGGAAAAACAGGUGCAUUUGCAAUUCCUGUAUUACAGGCUUUACUAAAGACGCCGCAGAGGCUGUUUGCUUUAGUUCUCACACCUACAAGAGAACUGGCUUUUCAAAUAGCUGAGCAAUUUGAAGCUUUAGGAGCAGUUAUGGGUGUAAAAACAGCUGUAAUUGUUGGAGGAAUAGAUAUGGUAACUCAAAGUUUAGCACUUUCUAAAAAGCCACAUAUCAUAAUAGCUACUCCAGGCCGUCUUAUUGAUCAUUUGGAAAAUACAAAAGGAUUCAGUCUGAGGGCCUUGAAAUUUCUUAUAAUGGAUGAAGCUGAUAGAAUUUUGGAUAUGGAUUUUGAACAAGAAGUAGAUAAAUUACUUAAAGUAAUCCCACGAGAAAGAAAUACAUAUCUCUAUUCAGCUACAAUGACCCAAAAGGUUCAAAAGUUGCAGAGGGCCUCUCUGAAUGAUCCAGUCAAAGUAGAAGUUUCAAAAAAGUAUCAAACAGUUGAAAAAUUACAGCAGCAUUAUUUGUUUAUACCUUUAAAACAUAAAGAUGUCUAUUUAGUGCAUGUGCUGAAUGAAUUGCCUGGAGAUUCAAUUAUGGUAUUUUGCGCUACAUGUGCAAAUACACAAAGAACUGCUUUUCUUUUAAGAAAUCUUGGUUUCACUGCUAUUCCUUUACAUGGGAAACUCAGUCAGGCUAAAAGAUUGGGUGCAUUGCAGAAAUUUAAAGCAAAAACUAGAUCAAUACUAAUAGCCACUGAUGUUGCCAGCAGAGGCUUGGAUAUACCGCAUGUAGAUGUUGUCAUAAACUUUGACAUUCCUGGAAAUUCAAAAGAUUACAUUCAUAGAGUUGGUAGAACUGCUAGAGCUGGUCGUGGUGGAAAAUCUAUAACAUUUGUCACACAGUAUGAUGUGGAACUGUAUCAAAAGAUAGAAACUUUGAUUGGUAAAAAGCUACCAUUGUAUCCCACUCAGACUGAAGAAGUGAUGAUGUUAGUUGAUCGAGUGACAGAAGCUCAGUUACUCGCUAAUAAAGAAAUGAAAGAGAUGGAAGGAAAAGAUAGAAAACGAAAGCAUAAACAGAAGAAUGUUGAUGAAGAUGAUACUGAAGAAUCCAAAGGGGUUAAAUCACAUUUCAAAAAGAAAAAGUUUAAACAUAAAUAGAUGUUAUGCAGAAUAAAAUUAAUUAUUUUGUAAA